GCGGUACUUCAAUGUAAGGCCAAUCGAUCUGCUUCAGCUGUCUGCGGAGUGACGCGUGAACUCUCCUCUUCAGGAUGUAUUUCACGAAGUUUUCGUGGGUCUUUGCGCUACUUUGCGAGUGGGUUCGGUCCGGUGUCGCGUGCUCGGGGUUGCUGCUCUGCCGGUCAUGCGGGCACGAGGUGGCGGAAGACGCGGACGUGAGAUUCGUGCCCAGCCGUCUUGCGCUCUCGCACCGGAACGACACGGUGAUCGGCGGGAAGCGGGUGUCCGUUCAACUCUUCGAGAAUCCUCAAGGCUUUCGGUUUGAGGUGGUUACUUUUAAGAAAGCGGAUGUUCUGAAGCACUGGCCGGCCGACAGCCACUUCACCUGGUAUCCCGGUUUCUCGUGGACGGUCGCCACCUGCCCGCGGUGCAAAACACACAUGGGUUGGGCAUUUCAGCCCAGCGACUGGCCCAGCACAGUGACCCGGGAAGAGUUCGAGGGUUCCGAUCAGACGUUUGUGUCGCUCAUAGCUGACAGGUUACUGCAGGAACACUUUGCAUCCACACUGCUGAUGACACCCAAAUCUUUCAGAAGUUGACCAUACUUUAUGCCAUUUAAUAAAGUUAUUUUUAUGAGAAUUAUU